AUGCCUACAGUGGCUCUUGGCGAAUACUUCCGCCGACGGUACCCUCAUCUAGACCAAGCGUUCUAUCUCGACCAGUGGCCCUUCUCGAAGCCGAUGCUUGUCCUCCUGUCCCCGGAUGCAGCACGUCAAAUCAGUCAAGGUGUAGCGCUGCCAAAGGAUCCAGGCCAACAUGAGUUCCUCAAACCUUUGACCGGGGGCCACGACUUGGACACGAUGGAGGGCGACGAGUGGAAAUUCUGGCAUAACGUCUUCAGCCCUGGCUUCCGUGUUUCGAACAUCGCUGCUUUGGUGCCGAACAUGGUCGAGAUGGUCAGCGUCUUUUGCGAACGUCUUCGUCAGCAGGCAAGAAGGGGUGAUAAACCGUUUCACCUGAGCCCAAUGGCGCUCGAUCUCACCAUGGACCUCUCCAGCAAAUCGAUCUGGGAUCAUGAGCUGCACAGUCAGACCGGAUACAACGAGUUUUCCUCGGCCCUGGCCUCACAGCUCAGCUGGCUUCACUACUAUGGGACUUCACCUCUAAAGGACCUCAACAUCCUUCGUCCAUUUAUGCAAUGGUACAACGCCCGCCGCAUGGACACUUACAUCGACAACGUGCUGUCCCAAAAGCCGAGACCUGGUAUGCGAGAUAAGACUGGAGCAAUCUCGGUGUUGGACACGGCCAACAUCCCGCAAGAUCCGGUACAUGUCAAGGUACUUCCCAAGGUCAUCCGCUCCCAAAUAAAAUUCAUGAUGCUUGCGGGAUAUGACACCACCGGUUCGUCAAUAGUCUUUAUGACUCACCUUCUUUCAAAGCAUCCAGAUGUUCUUGCGCGGGUUCGUGCGGAACAUGACGAGGUCUUGGGUCCAGAUGUCUCUGUGGCGCCAAAGUUGAUAGCAGCGAAUCCCAAGCUGCUCAACCUUCUCCCUUACACUACGGCCGUGAUCAAGGAGUCUUUGCGGUUCUACCCGCCCGGCGCAACCUCGAGGUAUGGAAACCCUGACUUUCACAUCGUGAUAGAAUCGCCAAAUUCGAAAGCCAACGGCGGGGUCGGAGAAGGUACUUUAGCUCUGCCCACCGAUAGGAUUGUGUGCAUGGCAAUCCACCACGGCAUCCAUCACAACCCACGCUACUGGGAGAGGCCCCAUGAGUUCAUACCCGAGCGCUUCUUGGAAAAGACUAAAGACGACCCACUUCAGCCUCCGGCCAAUGGCUGGCGCCCGUUUGAACGUGGACCACGAGCAUGUAUUGGGCAAGAGAUGGCAUUGACUGAGGUCAAGAUGGUCUGCGCUAUGACGGCGAGAGAAUUUGACUUCAAACCUGCGUACGGCGAGAUGGGGCCUCAGCCUGCGCCUAGGAUUGACAAUGACCAUGUCUAUUUAGUCAGUCGCGGAGGAGCUGCAAAUCCAAGCGGAUACUAUCCAUGUCGAAUCAGGCUCACCACCAGAAUCUGA